AUGAAUGUUGGGAAACAAACAUGCAAUGACAAAGCAAAGAAUGGGUUGAAGUCUUCCUUACUUAUAAGGGAUGAAAAUGGAAAUAGCUAUGCAUGUGACAGAGGUACACCUUCCUCAGAGAAUUGUGCCACCAAGAUACAUGGUAAUUCAACUGCCCAAAAUAUAGGGGCUGAGCAUGAGGGUGAUACCAUUUUUGAAAAUAAGGGCGACUUCAGAAGUCUUUUAAAACAGCAGUGUGUUGAAGUAUUUGAUCUGCAGAACACACCUGGUAAACACAGCUGCACAGGAGCUCCAUCGGGAGAUACAGAUGCUGCACACAAGUCUUCUGGGACUGAGCAGACUUGUAUGUGUUCUUUGAACUGUGGCUUGGAAGCAACAACAAGCUUAGUGAAAGAUGAUUUUGCUAUGGCAAAAAUGCAAAAUCAGAGUAUCAAACACUCAGUGCCUUACAGUCAGACUGACUCUAAGUCUGUACUAACUCUUCCUGCUUCAGAGGAGAACAUGCAGUCCCUGGAAAAUGACAGGGCAUGCUGCCAGCUGAGCACAUUGGAUGUGACUAAUGUUACAGGUGAAAAUCUGAGAACUGAUCAAAAAGAUGACAUGCAUCUGGGGGAAACAUUGGUCUCUUCUGAAGUAUCUAUCUCAGAGAAAUUUGAUAGAACCAGCUCAGAAAGAACGUCUGACUUCACCUCUGCAGGUCUUGAACACUAUCAAAAAAACGCUAUCAAAAAUGAUAAUGAAUCACAGGAAACAGAAGCGCAGGCUAUAGAACUACCUGCUGGAUGUAUAGAUCCUUAUAAGCUAGAUGCAUUAUCACCAUGCAUUAAUAUUAAUGAGGAUGACCAAGUGAAAUCCUUGCAGAUUUCUCCUUUCCAUGAAAAAACUGGGAAUUCCAGUGCUGAAACAUGCAUGGAUAUUGUUGUAAAUAGUGUGCACCUUCUCCCAGUAGAUCAAAUGGAUGGGGAACAAGUAUCAAACAAAACUAGUGACCCUUUAACCAAAGAACAAAGUAUCUCUGGAAAUGCUGCUCUUCAGAAUAUGCACAACAUUCCUUCUGUAUCUUGCAGUGUUCCAAAAUUAAAGAAGACAGUUAUGCCUGAGCUGAAAUGCGAAGCAACUUUUUUAGUCUUCAGUCCAACAGCUGAUAAAAGCAAUUCAUCUCUAUGUACUUCAACUCCUAAAGAACAAUCAAAAAAUAGGACUUUUUCUGUUUCAGCUUUGGAAGAACUUGGAGACAAGUCUUCUAGACUAAGACAAAGUGAAGCAUUUGUAGGAGGGUGUAGCAGGCCUGGGCUCAAAGCUACUUCAGAUCAAACUGCAAGAAAAUCAAUGGGCAGGUCUCCUAUUGCAUCAACAAUAACCAAAGCAAGGAAAUCAGAGAUAGUUAGUUUUCCCAAACCUAAUUUUAAAAAUGUUAAGCCAAAGGUUGUGUCUAGAUCUGUGCCACAGCCAAGAGACAGUGCAGCAUUAAAACAGUCUCCCCAGUCCCGUCAACUAUCAUCUGUCUCCUCACCUUCAAGGGUUGGUUCCCCAAGGCAAUUGUCCUCCUCUAUAAAAGGGCUGAAAAAAACAGUAGAUCCAGCUAAAGAUGCUAAGGUGGAAUUGCCUGUAAAUAAGCCCCAUAAGCUACAUGUUAACAAACACCUUUUCACUAGCCAAGUCGAUCAUGCCACAGCAGAUCCCAGAAAUGCUUCCCACAAGGUUUCAAAAACACCUGCAUUAAAGUUAAGUCUGCAAGACAUUGACAAAGCAAGUGCUACCCAUCCGGUGUGCUCCUUGGCUUCUGCUGCGCUUCCAGCACCUACAGAGAGCUCAAAAGAGAUGUUAAAUGAUAAAAUGGAAAGUUCCAACUCCUUAAUGACACCUUGUUCUCAAAACAUUGACCUGACCAAAGGUGAAGAAGAACAAAGCAGCAACAUGGGAGUGCUUCUGGAAGACACAUGGGUAAAAGAUGCAGCAAACAAAACAUUUGAAGUGCACUCUGUUCCUUUGAUGCCUUCUGUGAAAGAUGGAACAGCACAAGGGAAAAACAUACCAAAGAAAGAUCAAAUCACACUACGAAGUGUAUUAACUCCCAAGGUUAAAAUGGUGCCAUCUGUGUCGACCUUGAAGAAAGGAUGUGAAAAUAAAACUAUCAGCACUAUUAAAACACCUUCUCACAAAGAAGCUGUUAUGUCAUCAAACUCUGGUGUAGGAUCUCUGCCAGGAGAGAGGCAUGCCUCAGUGAAAAAUUCCCUUGCCAAAUCCAAAGUGCCUGUCAAAAGAUCAAUGCUUGAGAGAACACCUAGCCUCUCAUCAGUCAGCAGUGCUCAGAGCGAGCAAAGUCUUUUCAGCACUAAUUCUGCAAGUGCCACAGUCAUCAGGAAUGGAGAAUGGCUUUCAAAACCAGCCUGCCAGAAUGGCACUUCAGGGUCUGUCCCUUUGAAAGCACUACCAAGACCUAGAUUGCACUCGUUGAGGUCAACUCCAAAAGGAGCCAAGACCAGGUCUGCUUCGCUGAACCAGUGCACACCAAAAUCAUCUGGGCCUCUACACUUAGCAAGGAAAGUUGGUGAGACUAGAGGUACUCCUGGAAGAAAUGUACACCAAAGCCUAUCUUGUUUGAGUCCUGUUGACAAGGGCAAGCAGCGGAGUGCCAAGAGCUCAUGCAUACGGACUCAGGCUUCGACAGAUGCACGUUCACCUGGCACUAAAGCAGCCGAGUUGACACAGUACAAAACAAAAUGUGAGACCCAAAGUGGAAUCAUCCUGCAGCUGAAAAAAUUCCUGACAUCCAGUAACCAAAAGUUUGAAGCAUUAACAGUUGUCAUCCAGCACCUGCAGUCUGAGAGGGAAGAAGCACUGAAGCAGCGGAAAGCGUUAUCUCAAGAGCUGCUUAACCUUCGAGGAGAACUAGUAACCACUUCUGCAGCUUGUGAGAAAUUGGAAAGAGACAGGAAUGAACUGCAAAUUGCUUAUGAAGGGUAUUUGCAGAAGUUAAACCAGAAACAUAAUGAUGACUUAGCUGAGGUGGAGGAGAAGCUUAAACAGUUUUACACUGCAGAAUGUGAGAAACUCCGAAGUAUCUGCAUUGAGGAAGCUGAAAAGUAUAAAGCCCAACUCCAGGAGCAGGUGGACAAUUUAAAUACCACACAUGAAAGCUUUAAGCUGGAACUUGAAAACAGGCACUCAGAAAAAGUAGAGGAGCUGAAAAAGGAGUAUGAAUCCUCUUUUUCAGAGCUCAAGAGUACCCAUGAAUCUGAAAGGAAGUCGCUUGAAGAUUCCUUCAAAGAGAAGCAGGAGUUGCUGGAGAAGAAAAUCGAUGAACUAAAAAGUGAAAACAACUCUCUGAGUGAGAAGCUGAAAUUAGAAGAACAAAAACAAAUAGCCAAAGAAAAAGCCAAUCUCAAAAACCCACAGAUUAUGUACCUGGAACAGGAGCUGGAAAGUUUGAAAGCAGUGCUGGAGAUCAAGAAUGAGAAACUCCAUCAGCAGGACAUAAAGCUAAUGAAGAUGGAAAAGCUGGUGGAGAACAACACAAUCUUAAUGGAUAAAUUAAAGAAGGUUCAGCAAGAAAAUGAAGAAUUAAAAGCUCGGAUGGACAAACAUAUGGAGCUUUCAAGGCAACUUUCUACAGAGCAAGCUGUUUUACAGGAGUCACUAGAGAAAGAAUCAAAAGUAAACAAACGCCUGUCAAUGGAAAAUGAAGAACUUUUGUGGAAGUUGCACAAUGGUGAUCUAUGCAGCCCAAGAAAGCUAUCUCCCAGUUCUUCAUCUGUGCCUCUUCAGUCCCCACGAAAUUCUGGUAACUUCUCUAGUCCUGCAGUGUCACCAAGAUGACAUCUCUUGAGAGAAAGAGGGGCCUGCAUUUCAUUUCUGAUCUGCAGAACCUUUCCUAACUUUUAAUCACAGGAGCAAGAGCUAUAUUAGCAGCCUAUGACAACUGAACAUAACUGGAAACUAUGUGUUGCAAAAACAGCGAUAGGAGACUGUGAAUAUGGGAGUAAGACAUUCACUCCUCCCAAAAAGACUUAUGACCUCUAUGGACAUCGUUGCACAAAGCACUUAUAGAGCAAGGAAAGACUUGUUUGUUGCCUUCUCACCUAACCAUAAGAAGAAGCUCAGGGGCUUAGAGAUAAAGAUCACAACCUUUAUAAUAUGUUCCUUAUCACCGACACUUUUUUAAGGCUGUGUGUGUGCGUGUGUGUGUGCCGUGGAUGGAGUGGGUGUAACACACUGUGCGUGUGUCUAAUGCUGCCUUCUUUGCUGUGUACGUAAUAAAGGAUAAAAGCUGAAGCCUAUACAUUGACAUGUACUUCCUUGGUACUGCUCUCAGUAUGCAUGCUUAACAGAGUACCCUUGCCUGGGAAUGAGGAGAAACUGCCACUGGUACUGCAAGGUAAUUUCCUUCAUCAUUCUGGCUGGUAAAAAAAUGCCAUGAAGACCUCUGUCAACUGACUUAUUAGUCUUGGCCAACCCGAGUAUGCAACUUUGAAUUCAUUUUAAAAACAAAAUGAAUUGCGGCCAUAUUUUGCGUGGGUUCUUGGUUUCAUGUCCAUGCACAACUCUGCCAUUUAUGAGGACUUUUUCUGCAGAGUGCAAUGGAUUUUGGAUUUGAAGUCAACAGGGUUGUAGUCAGAACCACAGUAACCCCUAAAGGUCAGAAGUUCUUAGCUGAGUGGCAAGUUUAGAAGCCUAGACCUGGCAUCUUACCUGCUGAAAAGGAGGCACUGAUUUCCCCAAAAUAGUAUGUCUGUUCCUGAGGAUAAACAAGAUGUAGAUUUGAAAGCCAAAGAGAAAUGUAGUAAUUGUAACUAGGUGCACUCUUAAUUCAGUUCUCAAGAAGAUUAAGUAAUUUGUGAAUUCCAAUGUAGCUGGUGACACACCUUGCCUUUUUAAGCGUUAGCAUUUGUAUUAACUUUCCUCAGGGUUGGCUAAAUUCACCUGAGGAUGAGGUGGGAUCUGUGUAGUUUACCUUGCUAAUUCUGCCAUACUUUCCCUCUUAGACUGCAGGAUAUUGGUGUUUUGACAGUUCAUCAGGUGAAAAAUCCUGUUCAAGAGAUUCUGUAGAGUAGGGGAAAAAGUUGUCCUGGCUGCUGGAACUGGAGGAUGAGAGUGUCAGCAUUUCUGGAAAUACCACAUGCUGAGUUUCGGCUUCAGCAGGGUAAUUGGAUAGCUUGCUCCACCCUAGAUCAGACCUGUUUAAGAUGACUGCUCCGUACCUACUAAAACAGGUUCAGCUUCAGAUUAGUCUUAGAAAAUACUACUGAUGCUUAGAGUAGCUUGGGCUUCACAGCAGGGCCACGACAUUGUUACACUGCUGGUUACCUAAUGCUGCUAGCUGGCUGAGUUUCCCUGACUUUUUCAGUAGCUUGGGGACAGGAAUCAAGGGCAUGGGAAAGCAUUUAGGGAACUCAACUGGAGAACCACUUCAAAGUAUUUUACCUAAGACUUGCAAAAUCUUGGCUAAUAAUGAGGAGCACAGACAUAGAAACAACACUGUUAACAGUGCUCAUACAGUAAGUAAAUUUGUAAUAUAUUUAAACUUGUGAUUGACUCUUUCACCAUUAAAUUUACUUAAACCUCUCAUAAUGUACAAGUUAAGGGUGCCAUUCCUAGGGAACAUUAUGCUUUCUUUUAAACCUUUCUAGGGCACUGUACAUACCACUCAUUAGUGGUGUCAGUACUUAAAAUGUUUACUAGGAGGUUCAAAUUUGACUAUGAAAAUCCUAUGUUGGCUACAACUUGGCUUUAAGUAUGUCUCAGAACAUUCUUUCUACGGUCAAAGAGAUUUGAUUGCAUGUAUUUCAGCUGAAUGCUUUACAAUAUUUUCUACCAACUGAAGGAUUUUUCUUCUGCUUAUGUUAGUCAAAGGAUCUUUAAUCUAAGGAGGAACAUUUUUCCAUUUACUAAAAACUCUUGCUAUCUGCUCUGCACAGCAGAACCGCAAUGGUGAAGCUUCAUGGCACAAAUUACUCAGCUAUCCUUAGAAAAUUUCCCCUUGUUCCUCCACUUAGAUGUAUGGGUAGAAGAUAUAUGGGUAGGGUAGGUACCUGCCUAGCUGUGGGUAGGUAGGAGAUCUAUGGAGGUUGCUUGUGAUUCUUCAGAACAUUCUGUAGGUGAGAAAAGCCCCAGUUAGAGGUCAGCAGUGUAACAGGUCCUGUCACAAGGACACUUACCCAGCCACCAGUAAGAACUUUAUUACUUCAGUUGCAGUGUAAUGCCUCAAAUAAAACAUGCAAGCAGAUUGCACAAAGAUAUUUGAAGGUUAAAUAUGGCAUAGCCUUUCCUGUACCAAGAGCAGGGAAAGCUUUUCCAGGCUGCCCUACAAGAAAAGUAAGUAUGGUAUAGUGGAUAAUACAAAGACUGUUAAUUUGUUGAUAAUUUACCUCCACAGUACAGGUGACUCUUCAUGUCUAAACUGCUUGCAAGUAGACUCUUUAAUGCUUUUAUGAAGAAAUGAAGGCUGCUUAUGUGUAGAAAUCAGAUAACAGAAAUACCUGUUUAGCGUUUGUCCUGUUGGUCUCAAAGAAUUAAAUAAUUCUGCUAAUCUGUAAAUACUGUUUCAAUGUUUUUCUCUGUUUGAGUAUUAGUAUUUCAAGUUUAACUUAAGUACCAUGUGUUAGUAAAGACUGUUCAAUCCGGUAACUUUUACAUAUUUGGGAUUUUUAGCAUAAGGUUUCUUCAGGAAAAGCUAGAAACCUGCUCAUCAUCAUAAGCCAAAGGUCAAGCAAUUGAACAAGUGAUUUUCUUCAGAUAUCCAACUUCACUCUCCAACUUCACAGUUCCAGCUCUAAUGAUGGGUUUCAGAGGAAGCUAUGGUGACAUUUAACAGCUCUACCACAUAGUUUGUUACCAUUCAAAGUAUUCAUAGUAUGGUUCACCUUCAAUGCUUUUCUCUGAAGGUUAUUGUAUGAGUUGUACUGUAUUUUUUAUAAAAGUUGAAGUGAAUCAUUUCCUUGAGCUAAGUCUUGAUGUUUCUCAUUGCUAAGACCAAAGACACUUCCAUGUACACUGGUGUCAUGCAAUUCAUGCAUGAAAUUCCUUCUAGACAGUAACCAACCACUGAUCUUGUCUGACAGCCAGGAAAUCAUUUAGGGCUGAGCUGCAGCUAAAAAGGUCACCAUAAAGUUGGGAUAACCACUGAACCCUGAAGAAAAAAAUACCUUCUGACCACUGCUGCUGCCUUGCCUUAGAAGAGCAGUGACACAGGUAUGGAAAUGGAAAUAACAGCAGCAGCAGCUUUAGGCUUGUAACUUUGACAAGUCACAUUUUAUUUUCCAGGCCUCAUUCUCUUCCCCUGUCACUGUUCAUUUAGGUGGAAAUGUGCAAUAAACUGAUCAAUGUACCAUCAGCUCUGCCCAAGAGGCAUUUGGUAAAAUAAAAAGUGUGUAAAAUACAUAGUAAAAGAAUUCUCAUAGUUUUCAAUUACAAGAAUUAUUCUCAUUCUUGGUGGGAGGACAAGGACAGAAAGGAUGUAACACCCACCAAAACUCUUCCUUAGAGGCUCUGCUUCUGUAUCAGUCUUGAGACCUGCACAUGAUGGUUAGGCAUAACCAUUACACCCCAGGGCACUACUCAAGCAAUGGAAUUCCACCGUCUUUUCCAGCCAAACUGUCACCAAGGAAGUGAUGCCUCCACUGUGCUGUUGAACAAGGGUGGGCAGGUGACAUGAUCUCCCACUUCCCAGAUACUUUGAGAAGGAAAUAAAUUGUUGAAUUAUAGGCUCAAAUUCACUUUGAAAUUCAAAAAGCUGGCACAACUCCUUUAGUUCAAAGGGAAAGACAUUGUUCUGAGGAAUGAAAAUGCUAAAAAGGAAUUAACACAUUGCACAGCCUCAUCUAGAAGGUCAAAGAUUGUUAAUUUGGUCAGAAUUAAAAAAAACACCUGAUAAAAGGACAUUUUUCCCUAAAAAAAAUAGUACAAGACCCUUUAUAGGUAUUACUAUGAAAUUGUAUAACCUACUUAGUCUUUUGGAUUACAGUGUAAUGUUCUUGACACAUUUUAACAGAUUAACCUCACCUCUUACACCUUCAAAGUCAGUUCUAUUGCAUGCUGCUUUAAUUUUUUUUUAAGCUAUCUUAUUUUCAGAGGCCAGAGAUAAAAAAAAGUUCCUGGGGGAUGUUCCCCAUGUAGGCUAUUACAUGAGAUCUGCAUGGAACCAUUUCAGUCUUUACCAUGGGGGUAUUUCUCUUAACAGUUAAACUGGUUUAGGUUCCUGCAUGCUGAAGAAAAGGCAUUCAGCAAACUUGUCUAAUGUUUUCAUUAGCUACUCUACUAAUCAGAUCAUUGAUUUUAUUGGGAAGCUGCCAUUUCUACAUUAGCACUUAGAGCUGCCACUGUUCCAAACAGUGCUGCACACAUCUGCUCAAAGGUCUGAAUUAGCUGGAGCACAGGGCUACCUCAGGCCUUCAGUAGAAGAAAGUUUCAGGAAUUCCAAACUCAGGCUGAAACAGAGGGAAGUGUGUGACCAAGGGACCAGUUCCUGCUUUGCUUCCUUGUCUGUUCAGAAUAAGCUGGUUUUCACUUGCCUUGUAAGUAACAUGGCUUGCAUUAAAUAUUUUUUGUCAUUUCACUACUAAGGAGUGGGUUUGUAUUUAAAGUUCUAGCCCACAUAAAGAUGGUGCUUGAGACUGAGAAAAAAAACCAAACAUUGCCAAAAUGUCCAACAAUGUUGUUAUCAAGUUCUUCUCCUCUGGCAAGCUCUUUCUUUGUACUGGUAACUGAACCCAGGGUGAGAAAGACAGUGGCUUAUUUAUCCAGGUAUAGUUCUGUGUAAAUGAAAAUAUCUUUCCUUUUCUCCUAAGUAAAUUAAUACAAUGAAGUUGAACUUGCUAUUAACCUAAGAGGAAAUUCUCCUGUAAAACUGAACAUUAUUCUAAUGUUUGCUUUUUUUGCCUUUUUUUUGUUCUGUAAAUGCUAAUAUAUAAAUAAAUGCAAGUUUUACCUUUAGCAACCAUAAUUUGCUACAUAAUUUACUAAACACCAGACAUCUAAAGAGAAGUGAACUAUUAAGUAAGCUUCAUGUUGUAAGGGUGUAAGAAUGCAGCAACAUGAGGAAAAUCGAGCAUACCCAACUACUUACAAGUCUCUUGAGAUAUUAAAUAUAUAUUAAGGUCCUAGAGGGUAUUCAUCU